AUGCACCGGCCGGCGUUGCAGGGGCGGCCGUGCGCCGCGCAGGUGCCCGUGGGCCCUCGUCGUGCGGCCCGAGCCGGCGCCGUGCGUGCCGCGCCGGGGGAGGACAGCGCUAGGGCGGAGCAGAUGAAGAAGGACGCUCAAAAGAGGCGGGAGAGCUCGUCACAGGCGACCGCGACCGACGUCGACGGGGCCAAGGGCGGCGGGUCUUCCCACAGCAGCGUGAAGGCGAUCUCGCUCCAGGCGACGCUGGGCACGGGCGCGGUGAACACCACGCUGCGCACGGAGCUCCCGUCGCCCGCGGUGGCGUCGCGGAACCUCAUGGAGCAGGCCAAGUUCGCGCAGAUUUGCACGGUGAUGGGCGAGAUGCACCACCGGCGCGCGGGCUACCCGUUCGGCACGGUGGUGGACUUUGCGGUGGACGGCGCGGGGUGCCCGGUGUUCUGCCUGUCGCCGCUGGGGAUCCACACGCGCAACAUCCUCGAGGACCCGCGCUGCUCGCUGGUCGUGCAGAUGCCCGGGUGGUCGGGCCUCGCGAACGCGUCCGUCACGUUGUUCGGCGACGUGUACCAGCUCCCACGCGAACUCGAGGACAAGGCCGCCGACCUCCUCGCGUUCAAAAUGACAGGGAAGGAGGCGCAGGGGAAGUGGGUGUCGGGCGGGUACUUGUUCUUCCGGAUGCACCACAUCACGGACGUGUACUUCGUCGGCGGGUUCGGCACGCAGCAGUGGGUGGACGUGGCCGAGUACGAGCGCGCGUCGCCGGACGCCGUCGUGGCGAACAACCUCCAGCGCACGCUCCAGUCGCUCAACCAGCAGUUCGGCAAGGCGCUGAACAAGAGCCUCUCGGAGUCGGAGCGGUCGCAGCCCGCGGACGACGCGGUCAUCAUCAGCAUCGACCGCCUGGGCGCCGACGUGCGCGUGCGGCGCGGACCCGAGUUCACCGUCGAACGCAUCGGGUUCGACGACCACGUCUUCACGCUCACGGACGCCGAGCAGCAGCUCCGGAGCAUCACCGCGGACUCCACCUCGUUCGACCAGCACCGACUCUCGUAG